AUGGCCACCACAACAACAACAACAACAUCACCACCCCCUCAACUUCAACCCCAACAACCCUCAUCCCCCUCGUUCCCCUUCCCCCGCGAAUACUUCUUCCCCGCCUUCUUCACCCGCCAAACAAACAUCACCAUCCACCACGCCCAGCUCACAAAAUGGUCCGCCCUCAUCCUCGCCUACGCCCGCCACCACCGCCUCUUCCGCAUCACAAUCUCCGCCGCCGCAGACUCCGACCUCUUCUUCAACCGCGCCAUCGACCGCCGACUCAGCCCGCCCGACAUCCGCGAGGUUCUCGACUUCAUGCGCAAGGACGGCCGCGCAGAGUUCAUCCGCCCCGGCGCCAGCAACGGUGCCGCUGACGCCUCGUCGUCUUCUGCUUCUGAUGCUGCCAGUGGCGAUGUCGUGUUUUUGUACUGGCGGAAGCCUGCGGAGUGGGCUGCUCUUGUCGAGGCCUUUGUGGAAGAGACGGCGCAAAAGGGGAGCGUCUUGACCGUGUAUGAGCUGACAGAGGGAGAAAACACCAGAGGAACAGGCAAGUUGAACCAAGAGACUCCUAGUCAUAUAAAAUCACGUCACUCGAACCCAGCCAAGCGCACCUGUGCUAAUCAAGACUUGGCAGAGUUCCACGGCAUGGACAACCAAGUGCUCAUGAAGGCAUUGAAUAUCUUGGUCAAACGGGGAAAAGCUCAAAUCUUCGGCUCCGAAGACUCUCUCGGUGUCAAAUUCUUCUAA